AGAAAUAUGAUAAGAUGUAUGGCAUCAACCAUAACAUAUGGUGUGCCAUGGCUGGAAAUUUAGUUGCUGUUGAGUCGUGUCUGAGGGUCACGCACAGGGAGUUUCGGAAAAAACUCAAUGGUGGAUAUAAGACUAUUACUGUGUGGGAUGUUGCAAAAAAUCUCCAUACUAAUCUGAAGAAGGUUCGAGGUUUUUCUCUGGAUGUUAUUUAUGUGAGCUUCUUGGUUGCCGGAUACGACGCUGAGGUUCCUAGAUUGUAUGAGGUCAACAGGGGUUGUUGCCAACCUCGUCAGUACGCAUGCAUUGGUUCUGGCGCAUCUUUUGCUCAAGAAUAUAUGACUGAAGUGUUAGUUUUACAUACUUUUAGGGUGUUGAUGGGAAUAGGGGAUUUGAGUGUUUGGAGUGGUUGUGAUGGUGGUGAUCUAUUGUUGGUUGUGAUCACCACGACUUCUCGAGCUCCAACUUCAGUCACGUUCUUUCCAUAA